AUGGACGCAGAGUCCAGCUUGGACUCCCUGGAGUUGGGCCCCGCCGUGGCCACGGGCGGCGGUGAUCCUCUGGACCGGAGGCCCGACGCGCAGCUUCAGGAGCAAGACACGCCCACACUGCGAGAAGAUUUGGCGGCUGCGGCGCGAGAGAACACUACAAAAGGGGGCCCCCGGGCCCAUGGGGUCAAUGGGUUUGAGUUCGGGCAGGGCUUCGUGAAGGGCAACGUGGUGCUGUCGGUAGAGACCAGCGGCGCUGGUCAACGCGAGGGCGAAGAGUCAAUGUCAUGUUGCGGGGGAAGAGGCGAGGGCAGCGGGGACAGAUCGACCCGGAAAGGAGAUGCUGCUUUUGCGAAGCGCGGCGGAGGAGUGGGUGCGGGGCAACGCUUCAGGGGAGGGGAUUGUGGUGAUUGUGAGGGCUUUGGCGGCUCCACCGGUGUUGGGGAUGUUGGAGAGGCCAAAGUCGCACAUGGCGGCCAUGUUUCGAGGCUGCGCCAGUAUUUUGAGAGCGCACUGGGCGGCGGGGGCGAGGAGGGUAGGGUGGGAGAGGCUGCAGCUUCGCCGCGCGUGCCCACGGUGGAUUCGGUGGGAGAGGCUGCAAAGGCGGGCUGCCCUGAAGCUGAUGACGCAGCCACGGGUCGGAGGGCUGCGCCAGUUUGUGGUCAGCCGGGACGCCCACGUGGCAGCCAGGACGCGAACGCGACUGAGAGACAUGCGGGCCGUCUCGCACCACCUCAGGCUGUCUUCGAAAAUUCGAGCGAGGAACGCGCUUCGAAUGUGGAACGCGAUCCCGCCUGGUCGGAAGAACUCAGCGGCCCGGGAGCGACUCGAGAUGCGGAUGCUGAUUCGUCGCCAUCUGCGGACAACCGCCCAUCCAACAGAUCGUCUGCGUCAGCGCCGCUGGCAGCGAUGUGCAGGCAGGGAAGUGGGCUGCAUGAAGGGGGGUCUCCAAGAGAAGGUGGCAAGUAUGCCGUUGGGGAGGAGACUUGCGAUGCCGCGGAGGUGUGGCGCGUGAUCCUCGCCAUCGAGCACCUCAUCCGCAGAUCCCUGAAGGUCCCCAGCGGGCAGCCGCUGGCGGACUGCGAUCCCAAGAGCCUUUCCAGCGUUCCCGACGAUCUGAUGAGGGCGCUCGAG